CUGUGCCUGACAUUGGUCGAGCGAAAUAGAAAAUAGAUGAACGUGUUUCUUGUUUUUGUUUAUCAUGUAUAUCAUUUUAUAUUACAGUAAUUUCAUGUGAUUCUUCCCACUAAUCAAAUUUUGAACUUGCAGUUUUUUAGGGAGACGUAAAAUAUUUUUAUCGAAAAUUUCAGUAUAACUACAACAUGCCGGCAGUAAACAAACCUCAAACUUCCUUGGCACUUAUUCCUGAACCAGAAGUAGUUGCCAGUCAGUCUGAAGGAAAUAUGGGACAACCUCGUCAACCUUCUAGUCUUCAGGGACUACUGAGGUUUGCCAUGGAGGCCACUAAAACAGAAGAUGCCCCACAUGAUUCCGUAUUUCAGCCUUUAGACGAGGAGAGGAAGAGAUUUUUGGAAAAUGCACUGAAAUCAAUGACCAUAGAUGUAGUGGAAGUUUUACAAAAACAAAUUCAAACCCUCCGAAAAAUAGAAAAUUUAAAACCUGGAGACGACACUACCGAAUUCGUAGAAGCUAUAGAUACCAUUUUGGAAUAUGUCGAUAAUAUUGACAUAGCUAAUGAUUUCCACAAAAUAGGAGGCUUCACAAUACUUUACCCUUGUCUUAAAUGUUCAAAUGCCAAAGUAAGAGCAGGAGGUUGUGAAUUAUUGGCUGUUCUAUGCCAGAAUAAUACUUAUUGUCAGAAAAUUGUACUAGAUAAUGAAUUUAUUCCAAUGCUCUUGAGUUUGAUAGAAAAAGAUGAAGAUACCAUAGUUGCUGUCAAAGCCAUAUAUGCAUUGGGUGGUAUUGUCAGAGAGAACUCGGAGGGGUUGAACCAAUUACUCCAUUAUAACGGCCUAUCAUUUCUGUUGAACACUCUCAAAAGGAACAAUGAGAAGUUCACAAUAAAAGCCACUUUCUUAUUAUCUUCCUUAUGUAGAUCAUCACCAGAAAUAAAAGAUCAUUUGAUCAAUCUAGGUUUUGUAUCUACUCUCAUUUCUCUUAUUUCAAUGGAAAGGCUGACAAGUCAUGAGCAUGUUUUGUCACUACUGGUGUGUUUGGUUGAAAACAAUGUUAAGGCUAUAUCAGAAUGCAAAAAUCCAAGUUUGAAACUGAAAGAAGUUCUACAAAGAUAUCUGGCGAGUAUUAGGAGUAAAGAGGAAUGUCAGGAAGAAGAAGAGUAUUGCAAAAGGCUUCUCCACAUCUUGAACUCUGAAUGUUGAUUUAUCAUGGAUAUGUAAUAAUUUCAAGGAAUUUUUAUUCUUUCAACUGAUUUUUUGUUACCCUUCAUUUCAUGAAUUCUAUGCAAUAAAUUUGUUCAAAAGUUUA